UUAAUAGAUGGAAUUACGUCACAAUAAAAAUAACCAGUUGUUUUCCUUUAGAUAAUCAGUAAUCAUUUUUUCUUUCUUUUAAUUUAAAUUAUCAAGUGAAUUACGUAGUCAUUAAAUUUAUUUAACCAAGAGUACUCAGUGCUUUCAAGUCAGUCGAGUUCUGCUUGCUGUCAGUGACGGUUCUUCAUUAUCUGGAUCAAGAUCACAUAUAAUCAAAUUUAGUUAAGUACAGCUGAUUUCAAUAAUAAUAAAUCAAAAUAGACAAGGCCACAGUGACGUUCUGAUCCUAUUACAGCAAUUGCGAAUUAAAUGAUUGUAACGACUGUGGAUUAUGUUGCCCUUUAGAACCAGUGAAAUCAGGUGAAAUUUUAUAAAAAAUUAUUUCAACUAAUUGAACGCAAAAUGAAUUUGUCAUUCGCUGGCUGUGGAUUUUUGGGAAUUUACCACGUUGGAGUAGCGGUUUGCUUCAAAAAAUACGCGCCGCAUUUGUUGUUGGACAAAAUAAGUGGUGCAUCAGCGGGUGCUAUUGCUGCGUGCUGUCUUCUGUGUGAUUUACCCCUCGGACUCUUCACACAAGAUUUAUUAAAAGUAAGCAAAGAAGCAAGAAGAAAGACACUAGGACCAUUUAGCCCUACAUUCAAUGUCCAAGCGAUUCUAUUAGAAUCAUUGCAAAAGUAUUUACCGGAAGAUGCCCACACAAGAGUUAACGGAAAACUCCAUAUAUCAUUAACGAGAGUUUACGAUGGACAAAAUGUUAUUGUAUCACAGUUCAAUUCAAGAGAAGAUUUAUUCCAGGCUCUUCUUGCAACAUCAUUUGUACCAAUAUUUUCUGGUCUACUACCCCCACGUUUCCAUGGAAUCCGAUACAUGGACGGAGGUUUUAGUGAUAAUUUGCCAACAUUAGACGAUAAUACAAUAACAAUAAGUCCUUUUUGUGGCGAAAGUGACAUUUGUCCCCGUGAUUUUGCGUCACAAAUGUUUCACGUAAAUGUUGCCAAUACGAGUAUUGAGUUGUCACGCGAUAAUAUUUAUCGCUUCGCACGAAUUUUAUUCCCACCUAAUCCAGAGAUUUUAUCAAAAAUGUGUCAACAAGGUUUCGACGAUGCAUUGAGAUUUUUACAUCGCAAUAAUCUAAUAAGUUGUACUCGUUGCGUGGCGAUACAAUCACCGUUUGUUGUAUCAGAAACACUUGACGAUAACACUGAAUAUGAUCCUGAGUGUAUUGAGUGCAAAAUCCAUCGGCAGGAGGCAUUAAUGGCUGAUUUACCAGAAACUGUGAUGACUAUUCUUCAAGACGCCAUUGAUUCGGCGAAUAAAGGGAUCAUUAAUUGGUUGUUUAAACAGAAAAGUUUUAAAUUAUUGUCUGUUCUAAGUCUUCCCUACACAUUACCAGUUGAUGUUAUGUGUGCUACUAUAAAUAAAAUUAUUUCAACAGCACCGAAAUUAAGUGGUCAUAUUGUUCGAAUAAUAAGAGAUGUAGUUAAGCAAUUGAAUUUAAUAUUACCAACAAUAAAUAUUCAAUUUAUAUCGAUAACUGAUUUGAUAAGAUUCCAAGUCGCAUUGGCUAAAUAUAAAAAAAAUUACAAUGAAGAUAACAUCGAUGGAAUCAAGUCAUGUCGCCAUGAUUCGCAUGUAGACAACCGUGACAAUUUCGAAAAUAUUCUACAAGGAACUUCUGACUAUGAAGCGCUGAUGGCUUAUUAUUACAUGAAUCAGAAUAAGAAUACCACUGCAAUAACCGAUUUAUUUGAAUUAAAAAAUCAAAAGUACAAUCCAAAUAUGAACUUUGAUAAAAAUAACGUCAAUGUACAAUUUAGCGACAUUGAUUCUUGGGAUGAACCUGAUUGGAUUGCUCAACAUACUCUUGCCGAUAUUACCGGGGCAAAAAAUGUCGUAGACAUUCCAGCUGACGUUGAUGUAGUAGAUGGCAUUGACGUAACCGAAGACGAUCUAGGUAGUCUCGAAUUAUCAGACCGAUCUGUUGAAGAUUCGAACAUCUUUUCCGAUCCCGAAAGUGAAUGGGUUAUUGAUAAAACUGACAAAGUAAGAGCUAAUCUACAACAGCUUAAUUUAACCCCUAACCUCUCUUCAGACUGUCGACCGGAAGUUGAUCAACCUAGUCUUUGAAAAUUUACUUAUUUUUAGUUAUUGAAAUCUACUUCUUUUUUAUAAUUUUUCUUUGUGAUUCAAAAAAUUUUCUUUAUUUAAUAGAUUUAUUUCGUCAAACUUUUUUUUUUACUAGUGGAUUUUAAGAGUUAAAAUAAUUAAAACAAGUACCUGAACAAAUGGUACUAAUUUUGAGAAUUAAUUUACUACAUAAAUAUUUAGCGUACGGAUAAACAAAUUAACAGUAUUUAUAUUAAUGUUAAUAAUUAAUCGAACAAAAAACCAGUCGUUUUAUAUUUAAUUAUAUUAAUAGCUUAUGCUUAUUUUAUAUCAAUUCAAUGGAAUUAAAUUAAGGUGAUUUUGUUAUCGAUUUAAUAUUGUUCUAUAUGAUAGAAAAUUGUGAUGAAUUGUUGAGUGAAGAAAUAUUUACGGUAAAUAAGCACAAAACUAAUUUUUAAUUAUUAAAUUGUAUGAUAUAUAGAAGAAAUGGAUAUUAUUUCAUUCGCUCUGAGUUAAAUUCAUACAGCUGCGACUUUUGAGGUAGAGGUCGUAUUUUAUAGAAAAUUAUAUGAAUUUUAUUGGGAGUAAAGUUCUUGGAGUUAUCACCUGUGGCGUUGUUGGUUCGUUAUAUAGCUUAUGAAGAGUUGAAAAUAUUUGAUAAUUUAAUUAAAAAAUUUGUUUAUUUAAGAAAUAAGUAUUAAUCAAUCAUUUUAUUUUUUGAAAAAUAUGUAUAUCUUAAUAAUUAAUAGUUUAUAGAUAACAAAGUCAAUAUUACAAUUGUAAUUAUGUAAUAAUUAAAUAUUUAUAAUUUUUAUUAAUCAUUUGUUAUAUAGGAUUAGUAGGUAAUACAAAUAAUACAUCUUGCCAGGACUUUUAGUCAAACUCUUUUCCAAUCGAAUUGAUUUUAAGUACAAAAAAUACCAUUUUUUUCAAAUAAUAUCGGAGAUUUUAUAAAUAUUUUUCUGGUCAAUUUUUUUAAAGUAAACUAAAGAUAAAUUAAAAUUUUAUAAAUUUGAUAAUCUUGAUUAUAUUUCGAUCUUACUUUCAAAAUUUAUGAAGAAUCUCAAACAAUACAAAAAAUUUUAAUCCCAUUUUUAUGAAUUACAAUGUCAAUUAUAGUUGAAAAAUUUAGAAAGAAAUAAUCAUUAUUUUCUUCUUAACAUAUCAAAUUGUUUCAAUAAAAAAAUGAAUUGCAAACAAUAAAAACCUUAAUUAGUAAAUUCAAGUUAAUUAUUUUAAAUAUAAAUUUUUUUGGUUUCUAAUUGAAAAUUGUAAUAUAUUAUUUUUUGAUUGGAAAAAAGUUUUGAAGGUUAAGUACAAACAAUGCGAGUCUUAACCUAGCGUUAUUUGAUUAAAUAAAACUAAGUAGCUUGUAAAUUAAAACGAAUUUAAUUCGAUUGUUAAUUACAUUUUUAUAUUAUUUGUGAUAAAUUAAAAAUAGUUAUUGUUUUCAUGGUAAGAAUUUAAAUAUUCUAUCCUAAACAAUUAAUAGUAACCUCUGAAAGGGAUACCAAGAUAACUUCAUCUAUUACAAUGCUUUGGGAGCUUCUAAGCUAAAAUAAAUAAUCUUUUUUUAUAAAUUACAUUGAUAUUUAUUUACAAUAAUUGUAUUACUCUGAUAUUUUUUUGAUUAGAAAAAUGUUACAAUAUUUAAUAAGAAUAAAUGCUGUAAACAAUACAAAUAAAUAAAUUAAAAGGUUUAUACAGUAAUAAAGGAUUGUAUUUAAGUUUAA